AAGAAAAAGAAACCGGAAGUUAGUCCCGCUCCCAACAAUCGAUCCUGGCGUGUGUUGCCGCCUAGAGAAAUCCCAUUUGAGCUCGUUGACGACAACGAUACGCGGUCAAUUGUCCUCCUGCGUCAUGUCCAGCUUCCAGCGUCUUAAAGUGACCGUUAACGAGCGGCUGAGCGCGGCCGCGGAAGAGAUCUUUGAGGCGGUUAGAGGCACCAUUGUUGGUCUGCACGAAGAGCUGGUGCGCUCCAAACGGGAGAUUGACCGACUGCAGAAGCUCAACAAAAUCCCCACCGACCCCGACAAAAAAUCUGCAGAUCAACCAGAGCUGGCUCUUUCCGUCUGGAAUGAAGACUUCCAACCCGGUAAUCAGCCGCAGGAAGAGGCGGAGCAAUCCGAGGAGGAAUGGAUAGCGCCUUUGGGCAACGAGAUGACAGCGGGCGCCGAGUUCGACAGCAAAGUUGGCGUCAUGGCACCUUUCUCUGAAUUUCCAAGCACCAAAGAAAAGAGUCCCCAGCAGAGCAGCUCACAGGAGCAGAUGGCGGCGGCGUGCGGGGACGAGGCCUCCUUCAGCGCCGCAGCCAUCGACAGCGAAGAGGAGUGGAAAGGCGACGAGAGCGUUCCCAGCGACGACAGCGGGGACGAGUGGAAGAAGAGCAAAAAAUCCCAGUUCAAAGUCCGAGAGAAAAGAAAGUCGGCCAUCAGCUGCAAGGUCUGCGGCAAGGGCUUCCACGCCAUGAUCUCACUGGCCAAUCACAGCGAGGCUCACGCCAAAGACAUGUGCGGCGUCUGCGGCAAGCGCUUUGAGUCCGACGCGGACUUCACCGGCCACGUCAAGACGCACAUGAGAGGCAGCGUGUGCGGCGUCUGCGGCAAAGGCUUCGGCACGACCAAGGCUCUGGAGACGCACAUGCGGGUGCACACGGGCGAGAAGCCCUUCAAGUGCGGCGAGUGCCACAAAGCCUUCAACUGCCAGCACAACAUGCGGCGGCACAUGCGCACGCACACCGGUGAGAAGCCGUACGCCUGCGACGUGUGCGGCCAGCACUUCAACGACCACUCCACCAGGAAGCGCCACAUGAUGAUCCACGAGUGCGAAGCCAUGGAGAUCACGACGUCCACGUCCCCCAGUCAGCAGACGGGCAGGGUCAUAUGUGCGGUGUGCGGCAAGAUGUUCAACUCCCUCACCACCCUGGUCAACCACGGCAACAGUCACCCCACCGACUGCGGCGUGUGCGGCCUUCACAUGGACUCCCAGGACGACUUGACGCUCCACCGCAAGUCCCACUGCGACGGCAAGGAGUGCGCCAUGUGCGGCAAGUGUUUCGACAGCUGCAAAGAGCUGGAGGUGCACAUCCGCGUCCACACGGGCGAGAAGCCCUUCCUGUGCAGCCACUGCGGCAAGGCCUUCAACUACCAACAGAACAUGAAGCGACACAUGCGCACGCACACGGGAGAGAAGCCGUACGCCUGCUCCGUGUGCGGCAAGAGGUUCAACGACUACUCGGCCCGGAAGCGCCACCUGCAGAUGCACGAGAACAAGAAGAACGCGGGAGAGAAUGACGCCCAGGGCGCCGCAGGCGCCAUGCCGAAACCCAAGCGGCGAGAGAUCUGCGUGGUGUGCGGUAAGAUGUUCCAUUCCAUCAUCUCCCUGGUGAACCACGCCAACAGUCACACCACGGACUGCGGCGUGUGUGGCGCGCGCAUGGAGUGCCAGAGCGACCUGAUGGUCCACCUGAAGACCCACCGGAACGGCAAGGUGUGCCACGAGUGCGGCAAGUGCUUCGACAGCCGCCGAGACCUGGAGACCCACAUGCGGGUGCACACGGGCGAGAAGCCCUUCUCGUGCGCCGUGUGCAACAAGGCCUUCAACUGCCUGCACAACAUGAACCGCCACGAGCGCACGCACACGGGAGAAAAGCCCUACGCCUGCUCCGUGUGCGGCCGCUGCUUCGCCGACCGCUCCGGGCUCAAGAAGCACAGCACCGUGCACACGGGUGAGAAGGCGCACAGCUGCGAGGUCUGCGGGAAGAGCUUCUUCCGGAAGGCCUACGUGAGACUUCACAUGAAGACACACGGCUUGCAACCUAAGCCUCCUGUUCCUGAGUCUUUCGGGGCUUAGAUAGGUCUGAACUUUUUCUCCUUAGGGCUGCACAAGUAAAAUAGGAUUUGUACAUAACAGCGAUCCAAUGUUUAUGCUAAACUUUACCAACAUCCUAGCUUUGUGUUACAGCUAACAAAGCAAACACUGUAGACUAGUCUUCUUUUUUCUAAGUGCCCCAAUUUGUUGUUCCAUUUUUAAAUACGUUACGCGUCAAACUUAUGCCUGGUUUUUGCUCUUUUUUGAAGUGAAGACAUUAGUCCGUUCAUAGCGUAUGCUAACAGCGUAUGCUAAUGUGUUGACAAAAUAAUUAGGAGUGUCCAAAAAAAAUCUAUUUUUGAUUGACUCACAAUUUAAAAUUUAGAUUUUUAAUUUAUAAUUUUUUUAAUCUGUCCUGUCCAGCCACUCAGGCCAAUCAUAUAUAGUUGAUGUAGAAGCCCACAUCUGCUGUACACAUUUAUUUUGCAAAAGAGAAGUGUUGGACACUUUCAUUGUUGCCUUAUUUUAUUUGAGUAAAUGUUUGGAUGACAUUUUAUUAAACAAAACCAGUUUUCUUCUAAGUAAUACAAACAUUUAUCAGC